UACUUGAUGGUUCUGUGCUUAAGUGUACUUAUUUAUUUAUUAUGUGCUGACAGACGAAUGUAAGAAUGUCAAAAUGUAAAAUAACAUGUAAGAAGUGUAUUAAAUUCUAUAGCAGAAGAGAAGGACAGGAUGUAGGGGCUGAACCAGUAAAAGUGGAAGGCUUGAAAGUCUCUGUUCACAGGUUCAGAGGAGGGAGUGUGUUAGAAAUGGCAAAGUAUUUUCUUCUGUUUACUCUGCAGCUGCUGUUUGGUCUCAUUAGGCCGAGUCUCCUUCAGAACAUUUCAGCUGAUCUCAUAUCUGUUUCUCCAGGAGCAAACAUCACUCUGCUCUGUAACAUCACUAAUUACUCACAGAAAUCCUGGUAUCAGAUGAUCUCAGCAGGGUUGAGGCAGAUUAUAUCAGCCAGACAAAGCAGCCUGAACAAACACUUUCAUAGUGAGUAUAAUGUAGAUAAGAGUCACUUUGAUGUAACAGAAAGCAGCAGUUUAGUGAUUAUUGGAGUUCGAGAGACGGAUCUGGGGUUUUAUUACUGUGGAGGACGAAAUGAUGAGACACACAUUCAGUUUGGGAAACUCAUCAGACUGAACUUUACAGGUGGCAGCAAUAAUGAAUCUUCAUCUGAGGCUUCAGAUUCACAGCCGCCUGCUAGAAAUGGGACUUGCUGGAUUACAAAUCUGAUUCUAAUUUGUGUGUGCUCCAUCUCCGUCCUUAUAAUCUGCAUGUGUGUGUUCUGCAGCAGGGUUCUAGGAAAAUAAUUAUCAUCAUGCAGAUGCUGCAGUCACAUCACCGAUCUCCACUAACAAGGAUUGAGGGUCAGGAACGACAAGGGGGAAGACCUCCUAUGUUCAAAGAACAGCAAGAGAGGGAGAUAGUAAACAUGGUUUUGGCCAACAAUGUUAUAACACUCAAUCAGCUCCAAGCUAACAUUAUCAACGAUAUCCAUCAGGUUUCAACAUCAACAAUAGCACGCAUCCUAAAAAAAACAUAUUUAAAUGAAGCAAAUUUAUCGAGUGCCUUUCGAUCGCAAUUUCGAAAGGGUGAAACGACUGCGGCAUGAUUAUGCAGAGGGAUGUAUUCACUUUAGCAGUGUGUUCUUGCAUACUGUCUCAUAAUCUUUUUCUGUACUGUAAUAUGUAAACUAGAUCUACACUGAACUACACAAUUUUGCAUUACACAUAACACACAUCACAUCAUAACCUUGUGCUCCAGAACAUCUGAUCACAUCACAUUAUCAGCUUGUGCUGUUACAGUUUUUUCUGAUUGCUUAAGCACAUUUUUUGUAACUAUUGGCUGUUUUUGCAAAACUCUACACACAAAUAAGAAAACCUUUCACCCAAUUAUCAAAACAUUGUAGUUCUCUUGCAAAAGCGAACACAGCUAGAUUAACUCUUCACACCUUCGUAAAAAUAGUGUUUUCAUAUCAAACAGUAAACACAAGCCAUCAUCUACUAAGCACACAAUGUGCCAACUACACACUGAUGGUAUGAAUACAAAACACAUCUGGCUUUUGCUUUCUCUGUGUACAGAUGUCAAUUUGAGGUCAUACUUUUGUCAAAGUGUCAUAUAAACAUACAAGGAUCCAAACUUCAAGUAUUGGUGUUUAUUCACACUCAUCAAAACCAAGACAAAGUCAGAACACAAAAUAGUAAUUUCACAAAAAA